AUGGCGUUGCCACCAAAUGUCAAUUAUGCUCAAAUCGAUUCGCUCGUUGUGAUGAAAAUCGUUAAGCACGUGGAUAGCGAGCUGUACGCUGGAAUGAGUGAGAUCGCUGGAGAAAGCUGUCAAGGCUUGUUGACGGGGCUUGUCACUGCUGAAGAGAAUCGACUCGAAAUCACAAACUGCUUCCCAACGGCAAGGAGUGAACCAGUUUUGGAUAAUGACGAUGGCGCCCAGCAAACAAAUACACAACACGAGGAAUUAAAACAAGUCGAAAUAUUGGACAUGCUUCGCAAAUUCAGGAAUAUGAACAUCGAUUACGAGCUGAUCGGCUUCUACCAAGCACAUCCAUUUGGUGCCUGCUUUACUCAAGAUCUUGUGGAUUCGCUCUUCGAAUAUCAAACCGUGUUUCAGGAUGGAGUUGUUCUUAUUUAUGAUCCCGUACAAACUCGCCAAGGACAACUGAGUCUUCGAGCUUAUCGUCUAUCUGUUGCGGCCCUCGAAUUGUGUCAAAAGGGCGACUGGGGACCAGAAGCGGUCAAGGCAUCCAAUCUCACCUAUGAAACGAUGUUUGAAGAGUUGCCGAUUGUGAUCAAGAACAGUCGUCUAACAAACGUGAUGAUCGCUGAGUUGGCCAUUGCACCCGGGAAACUUGCCGAGAAAACCUCAGCGCAUUUGGAAUUGGGAACAAAAAGGUCAUUGGAGAAAUGUGUACGAGGAAUGAUGACCAAUAUUGACGAAUUGAAUAAAAGCAUUUCUGCCUACACAAAAUUUGUGGCGGAGAAACAACGACACGAUGCAAACGUCUACAAUAUGACGCAAAAGAGGGAGCUCGAGAAUGAGCAACGUCGACAGCGUGGAGAACCGGUGAUGUCUUUUGAUGACAUCAAACGAUUAAAAGGACCUCAAUUGCAGACAAAGAGUGGGAUGCUCGAAUCGUUUCUUUUAAGUGCUGACACCGAGUCGCUGGCCGAUUUUUGUACAAAGGUGACUGGAGAAAACAUUGCCAAAUUGUUCCUUGCUGAAGCCAUCUCCGGUUCGGAUAAACGGGAAUCAAAGGAUCGCAGUUUAAGUUCAGUGUCCGGACGU